AUGGGUGCCAUGGAAAGAGAAAAUGCAAGUUUUCCCAACACUUUUGUAUUGCUGGGCUUCUCAGAGUUUCCAUGGCUGGAGAGGCCCCUCUUUGCAGUGGUCCUGGUCUCCUACCUACUCACCCUGAUGGGAAACAGCUCCAUCAUCCUCCUCUCCCUGGUGGACCCCAGAAUCCAGACACCCAUGUACUUCUUCCUGGACAACCUCUCUCUGCUGGACCUCGGCCUCACCUGCACUAUUGUGCCCCAGCUGCUAAUCAACCUCUGGGGAGCACAAAAGACAAUUGCUGCCUGGGGCUGCAUCACACAGGUCUUUGUUUUCUGCUGGACAACUUCCACUGAAAGUGCCCUACUGGCUGUGAUGGCCAUUGAUCGCUAUGUGGCCAUCUGCCGGCCCCUCCGGUACACAGUCAUAGUGCGUCCCUCAGUAUGUGUGCAGAUGGCAGUUGCCUCCUGGUCCAGUAACCUGGCCAAUGCUCUGCUCCAAGCCACACUCACCCUCCAUCUCCCGCUCUGUGAACACCACACCCUGGACCAUUUCUUCUGUGAGAUACCUGUGCUUAUCAGUCUGGCCUGUGGGGACACCUCUGCUAAUAGGCUGUCCAUCACAUUGGUGUCCAUCCCAUUAGGAAUAGUGAGUCCCCUGCUGGUGAUCAUCUCCUACAUCUUCAUUGCCAGAGCUGUACUGAAGCUGCCUUCAGCUGAAGGAAGGCACAAGGCACUGAGCACCUGCAGUUCCCACUUGCUGGUGGUCACCCUGUACUUUGGACCAGGCAUCUAUCUGUACCUCCAGCCUUCAUCCAAGAGUUCCCAGGCCAAGUUUAUGUCCUUCUUCUACUGUGUGAUCACCCCAGUCCUCAAUCCACUCAUCUAUACCCUGAGAAACAAGGAUGUGAAGAUGGCAUGGAAGAGGAUCCUGCAAUGCCAGGGUGGGGCGAAGUCUUUAAAAGCCAGAAGAUCACUGCCUGUCUCCCGAGCAACAGCAUCCACACAGCAAUAA